CGGGUGGCAAAAUUAGUUCCUGACCUUCCAGAUAAAGAUCGUUGCCUCAUCUUCCUGGAUACUUUCACGGAGGUGGAACAACUAAAGUUGGUGAAAGACAUGAAAGAAAGGUAUGAUUGACAAAAAAUUCGAGAGAAUUUAUUGGUCGGGGACUUCGACCAGAUCCUCUAUCGGCUGCUGAAACAGCAGAUGGAGAAUCGGGAGAGGUUACAGUUGGGGACGAACAAGGACAAGGAGAUCUAUAAGACCUUAUCUGACAUGAGGGAAAUGAUGAGCAGUAUGAAGGAGGAACGGUUAAAACUUCAAGUGAUGAUGGCGAAGGCGAAAACUGGGAAGAUAAAAAGGAAGAAGCCUGUCACUGAAGAGAGUAGCAGUGAGAGUGAGAGCGAGGAGGAAAAGGAACCCCCUCGUAAGUUGACCAAGGUUGAGAGGAAAGCCUUGAACCAGAUACGAGGAGGGCAAGGUACUUCUCGUAAACAAGGAGAAAGUAGUAAAAACGGAGGAAAUGGAAGCGGAGAGCGACAGGUUGACCAAGGACAACAAAAUCAAGGUCAACAGACUCAACCACAGGGUGGUCGAGGCCGUGGUAGAGGCCGCGGAAAUGGAGGCGGGCGUGGGAACUGGCAGGAAUACGUCUGCAAAUAUUGCGAUAUGAAGAGACAUGUUAUUCGUUUCUGCCAGAUUCUCGUAAAGGACGAGAAAGACCAUAUCGUCUUCACGACGAUUCGAGGAGAAGUCUUUGACUUCGAGGAAAAUCUCAUCGAUCAGGAUAUUGAAGGAGGAAUGAGAAAAGAGGCUUUUCGACGGAUGGACCGUCCUCUUCCGGCUACAUUCCGUCAGCGUGAUCUGGUUACCCUGAAGAAGAUUCUUGCAAUAUCGCUGAAGCUCCACGAGGAAUUUAAGCAGCGCAUGACUCGGAAGAAAGUCAUAACAGUCAAGCUGAGCAAGAUCAUCCCUCCAGAAGCUAACUGGGCGUCUCCUGGCGCGAAGAUGGACUGGCGAUGCGUGGCCACAGGUCUCAUAAAAGUUCAAAUCGGCCGUGGAGAGUUCUCUGCUCUCGUAGAUGACGGAGCCGCGAUAAACAUUAUGAGAGAGAAACAUGUGAUUGAAGUUGGGGUUCAGAUCAAUCGCAAUGACUUUGGAUUUUUGAUUGGAGUCAGCGGGGCAACGCCAUUUUGCGGUAUGACUAGUGGCGUAAUGGUCACAGUUGGGAAGGACCUGCAGAAGUUGAAUUCUGUAACAGUCCGAGAUGCGGGCGGACUUCCGAACGCCAAUCAACUCUCGAAAUCUUGUGCAGGCAGGCCCAUCAUCACCCUAAUUGAUUUAUAUUCUGGGUAUGAUCAGUUCCCGCAGUACACAGCGGAUCGACCUAUGACGGCGAUGCAUACGCCUCGGGGACUGCUUCAUAUGUGCGCGGCUCCGCAAGGUUGGACAAAUGUCGUGGCAAUUGUGCAGAGAUAUAUGAUGAGAGUCAUGCAGCUGCUUUGUCCAGACGUGACUUCUCCAUAUAUUGAUGAUUUGGCUAUCCCAGGACCUCGAGUCAAGAACGAGACUGAAGUGUUACCCGGCGUUCGAAAGUUCCUGUGGGAACACAUCAGCAAUGUGGAAAAGCUUCUGAGUAAACUGAAGGAAUAUAACCUCACUGCUAGUGAGGUUAAAUCGAGGCAUGGAGAAGAGUCACAGUUGAGUAUUUACUCAUACAAUUAUUUGGCAGAUGCAACAACCCGGCAUUGGAAAACCAUCUGGAAUACUCCUUGUUUCCAUCAUGUGCGAUCAGAGUUUGUGAUUGGGGAGCCGUUCAUUGAGGAAGACCCAUGGGGUGAAAGAACAUCUGAGCAAAUGAUGAACUUGGCUUUGUCUGAUGAAGUCGAGCUCAUCAAAGAACCGCUGACGAUUGAGUAUGGGCAUGAGCAGGCUGAUAAUACUUUCAGGAACACUGGAGAUAUGUCAUUCCUUGUGAAUUCUCUAAUUCACGAGGACCGCCUGAAAAUGAUGAAUGAAGAAGCAGAAGGCAGUGAAAUCAGAGAAGCUUUCAGAGAAGGAGAGUAUGAUGGGGAAUAUAAAUUAAUGGGAAUGUGGUUGAAUGGUGAGUUGAGGGAGGAUGAAGUGGAUCCAGUUGUUCGUCAGAAAAGUAAGGAUUUUGUUGUAAGAUAUGGUCAUCUUUUCAAGAAAUCCAACGAUGAUAUUCCAAGAAGAGUGGUAUGUGGGGUUACGCGACAACUUGAUGUGAUUGCAGCUUCGCAUGAUGGGGUCGCAGGCGGACAUAGAUCGUCUCGAGUCACUUUGAAAAAGAUUCAACAUCUUUAUUUUUGAGAAGGAAUGAACAAGAUGGUAAAUG